AUGUCAGGGGGAUAUAUAUCAAGCCACGGGAAACAUGGACGCCGGGCUUCUCUUGAAAAGGUAACUUCUGGCUCAGAAGUAACUUGUAGGAAGGCCAAGAACGGUGCAAAAAUGGAGAGCUCGUUUGGAUCUCUGAUGAUGGCAAUGAAAAGCAACAAGUACUACAUUGGUAGUCUCUUAAUCCAGGCUACUUAUGCAGGCAUGGCUUUGCUCUCCAAGGCAGCAAUCUCCCGAGGGAUGAACCCCUAUAUCUUUGUCUUCUAUCGGCAAGCUUUCGCCACUCUUGCCCUGCUUCCAUUUGCUUUAAUCCUUGAAAGGAAGAACUCUGCUUAUCUUUCUUUCAAGUUCCUCUGCACGAACUUCUUUGUCUCCGUAUCCGGGUUGGUACCUGGUCCCAUAAGUUCAUCUAUUCUAACACCAGCUUUGGUGAUAGUUAUUAUAUUGAUUACUCUGUCCUCAAAUCUCUAUUGUGUAGCCAUAAAUUACACAUCCGCAACAUUAGCAGCAGCCAGCACCAAUACAAUUCCUGCCGUUACUUUCAUCAUGGCUCUUUUGUUCAGGAUGGAAAGUAUUUCAACGAAGGAAAGGCAUGGAUUGGCCAAGGUUUUGGGAUCUGUAGUGGGUCUAUGCGGGGCUUUGGUGUUUAUUUUUGUGAAGGGUCCUCCUAUAUUUGCUGGUAACCAAACAGACGUAUCAGAAGAAUCUGCUAAGAGUAGAAGCACAUGGGAUUGGAUAAAAGGCUCUCUCAUCAUGCUCACCUCCAUCACAGCGUGGUCUUUGUAUCUCAUCCUGCAGGGUCCACUGGUGAAGCAAUGCCCAGCAAAAAUUAGACUGACAACUCUGCAAUGCUUGAUGAGCUGCAUUCAAUCAGCAGUUUGGGCAGUUGCAAUGGAGAGGAAGGCAUCAUCAUGGAAGCUUGGAUGGGAUGUCAAUCUUCUUUCCGUGGCAUAUUGUAAAAGUUAG